UGAAAUCUGUGCACAAAAUGUAGCGGGAUGAACACUUUAGGCUGCUGUUUUUUGGUUUACACUGCUCUGCACACUUCUUCUCCCAUGUUGGCUCAUACAUUGAUAAAUACUAUGAUAGGUAGAAUCAAUUGAAUAGCCCACUUCAUAUUGAUACUUCCUUCUUUGCCUUUACCUGCCUGAUGAAAUUGCUGCCUUUAAUAUUUUGGGCGCAAGUCUUAUACAACCAUGGUGAAGCAGAGGAAUCAAAACAAUGGUCUAAAUAAAAUUUUGCCUACUUCUCUUUUGCUACUUCAAUUGGAAUAUGAAAAGGUUCUUGGUCAAACCACAGCUGUCGUUAUUGCAGAAAGCUGCCGCUCAUCAAAUGUGGCCAAGCUACUUUCAGAGCACGACAGGGAUGUCUUCUUAGGGAGACUUGAGGAUUCAACCUCAGAGCUCCAGAGUGUGCAAGCACGGUGUUUGAAUUUACAAAAGCAAUUACAAUAUGUACAAACAAGACUUUCCCAGCUUCACACUGUCCUUCAAUUCAAAUUCCGACAAAUCAAGACCUUCAAGACAGAAGCCAAUUGCCUAGAAGCGAUAUCUGCCACUAUUGCCGGGACUGAAGCUGACAAGCAAUGUUUGGCUCGAGAGAUUUCUAACAUGAAAUCACGCCUAUCGCAGUUGCGCGUACAAAAUAAUUCUUACCAGACAGCUAUAUCGGAAAGGCUGGCCCUGCAGAAAAGCAUCAAUUUGUUGGAGUCGGAACUUCAGAAUCAACGACAAGUUGUGAUGUCCGCAAAACACAAUGAUUCGGGACGGAUGGGUAAGGAGAGUAACUUAACCGCCCACGAGAUAUUGAAACAGAAACAUUCAAUGGAAAAGCUGGAGAUGAGAUUGAAGACCGAAGUGGAUAAACGCACAGCCCUCGAGAAUGAGAUAAAAGAGCUCAAAGUUAGGUUGCACAUCGCUGAAGGAAAGCAGUCUGAGGUGGAAGUUGCGCCAAGGAGCCAUUUGGAUAAUUACUUGGGAGCUGCAAGGGAAGCGGAGUCACAAGACUUUAUGCCGGGACCUGUGCGGCGCCGACCGCAGAUAGCCAUCGCAACCCCGGGAAGAUCAAAAAAUUGUCAACCUGUUAAAAGUUUCUCUACGCUUCCGGGUGAUAAAUCCCUUUUUUCUGUCACGCCUUUCUUGAGCCGGACUAAUAUCGAUGUCGACACUGCGCACAUUAUGUCCGAAGAAUUUAAGCGUUCCCCAGCAUCUAGGGAGGGGAGCACGCCGCCGAGACUUGAAGCGAGUGUCAAGGAUACCAAUUCUUUUGAGAAUCAUAAGCCGGGGGUUCAAGAACACAUGACGCAGCGUAUGCAAGGGCGUCACGACAGUCUUGACUUGUUGGCUGAACAAACGAUGCAAAAUAAUAUCUCGGCCUUGCGUUUGACUGACAAAGCGUCCCGACUCGGCAUUUCCGAGAUGGGGCGCAACGCCGUGAAACGGCGUCGGGUUCUCGGGGCAAAACGCGAGAAAGCAUUGUUUGACUUGAGUGAUGGACUCAAUAAUUGCGCCGAAGACCGGGAAGCUGAGACGCAAACGCGACAAUUUUCACCCUUAAAACGACGUCUAAGGCCGGGAAACCCUUCCGAGAGCCGGGGAAAUUACCCCCUGACUGUCCAGAACCUCCACAUACCCAAGUUACCACGUCAACAUCUAUGUUGACUAAAAAAAUGGUUCCUGGCAAGUACCAAAUGGCAACGGGCAGUCCUAAACACUUCCGUUCUGUCAAAGUACAAUGUCUGAUUUGAUAGCAUAUCUCUUUCGUUUUAACCCAAUAAAAUAUGCCUCUCUUGACUCCUGUGGCUGAAUUUAGUUCAGAGUACCAUUAAAUGGGAUCAAGAACACAAACCUUCCGUGAUGAAUCCGGCUUUUCUCUAUGCACUUUUUGAAAGAGGGAUUUUAAGCGGAGUUCGAGUUGUUGAUCUUCAUUCCCUUGAUAGAAUUUGCAAAUGAAAUGCCCUCCUGGCUUUAAUACAUCGUAACUGAAGUUCACCGCAGCAUUACAUAGAUCCUAUGUCAUGUAAGCAAACCCAAGGCCUCUUUGGAUGCUGCACUGUUUCUCGUACCAUACUUCGGGCAUGAUCACGGAAACCCAGCCCGCUAGUAUUCAUCAUCCUAUUAUACGGGUCAUUAAGACUUCGUUUCCAAUAGCCAGUGGUUAGUUUCCAGGGAGCAGACAUAUCACUUAGAACAACAUCGACUGUACCUUCCCCAGCUUCUGUCUGAGGAGAGUGGUCAUCGCAGGGUUCUCUGGAAAUACGCUCACUAACAUCCUUUUCUCUGUCAAUGUAUCCCGGUUCGAAGGUCUCCACCUCAUUGGCAGUCCGAGGUUUUUGGGGAGUUCUCGAGCAGAGUUCCUCUCGAAGGGGUCUGCCUCUGUCGGGAUUUCUCAGGAAUUCCCGAAUAUAUGCCUGAAUCCUAGGGGAAAGGAAAUUUCCCUGGAUCGUUGAUACGCCUUUAGGUGGCUGGGCAGGGAUAAUGUCAAUCCCCAGGACCCUCCCAUUCGGAUGAGUUAAGUCAACUGCAACCUACAAUAAAUAUCAAGCAUUAGAUGAUAACAAAGCAAGAGUGGUAGAAAUGCCUGCCUGAGACCAGGAACCAGGAGCAUAACCCUGAACACCACUGUUAGUAGCUUCAUAAUUCACGAUAAGGUUAAAUUGAAUACCAGAUCAACAACUGUUUGCCCAGGCUCAAAUAUGCGAUAGUGAUUGUUAAUCUAGAACUAAAUUACCAACUUUGCCAAAUACUUUUUUGAAAGUAUCAGACACAAGGAUAUACCUGUAGUAAUUUAAAUGCUGCACGGCUCUUUAGACCCCGUAGGUUCGCCUCUCGCCAGUAUAUAUCCUUAAACUGUCUUGCCUGCCAUUGUUUUGAGGAAGCGAAUCGUCGUGAUUGUGACAUAAAUACAUAAGAUGUCUGAAGAAUGGGGGGGGCCAAAGCAGAAUGGCAAAUGCAAUUUGGUGGCCACAUAUUGGACCUGAAGCCUCUUAAAUCUGUG